AUAGUCUACAAUUUGUCUGUCAAAUUAUACCGUAAAUUGCUGGACUAUAUUUUGAAAUCGCAUUGUUAUAUUUGAAAAGAAACUAAACAUUUAUAUUUGUUAGUAUUGAAUUUAAAGCGCUAAUACUGAUUUCACUAACCCUCUUUCGUAUAGUAAACAAGCAGCAAAAAAAGUUGGCUCUUACGGUGGAAUCAGCGCACAUACCUUCUAAUAUUAAAAAAAUGAAACCUACAGUAGCUGCUGAUGAAAUGUUUCCUGAAGGAGUUGGACCAUAUAUGGAUAUGGAAGAGGCUGGUGGACCUUCUAAUUUAUUAAUGGAUUUAGCUGCAAAUGAGAAAGCUGUGCAUGGUGAUUUUUUUAAUGAUUUUGAAGAUUUAUUUGAUGAUGAUGACUUGCUGUAAUAACAUGCAAUAAAUACUAA